ACGUGCUGGUGUUUCAUCGUCAAUUUUUUCGCAACUCGUACAACAAUGGAGCAGCGCUGGCGUGCCUAUAAUACAAAAAGCACGAUGAAACAGUUAUCGUUGUUUUUAUUGCCGUUGGCAUUGUUGCUCGCCAGUGGAAAGGCACUGGUCAAUCCGGUGGUCAUUGUGACGUGGAACUACCCAAACGCGACCCAAAAAGCUUGGGAGACACUGUCCAUUGAGAAACAAAGCGCCCUGGACGCGGUCGAGAGAAGCUGCGCGCUCUGCGAGCAGAUGCAGUGCCGCGGGACUGUGGGCUACGGCGGGAACCCGGACGAGAACGGCGAGACAACCCUCGACGCCCUCAUCAUGGACGGAGUGACGAUGGACGUGGGCGCGGUCGGUGGGAUCCGAAACGUCAAGGACGCUAUCUCCGUUGCCCGGAAGGUCAUGGAAAACACCAGGCACUCGCUACUCGGUGGCGAGCUCGCGGCCGACUUUGCCGUCCAGAUGGGCUUCAAGAAGGAGAGCUUGCAGACGGACAAGUCGCGCGGGCUCUGGGAGACGUGGAAAGCUGGCCACUGCCAGCCCAACUUUUGGGAGAACGUCACGCCCGAUCCGUCCAAGAGCUGCGGUCCGUACCACCUCGCAAACUCCAACGGGGAGCCAACGAGCAGCGGCGGUCCCCACAGCGACGAGGACAACCACGACACGAUCGGUGUGCUUUGCCUGGACACUUUGGGCCGAGUCGCCGCGGGGGUUUCGACGAACGGACAAAAGUACAAGGUGCCGGGCCGCAUCGGGGACUCGGCGGUCACGGGUGCCGGGGCUUACGCGUCGGGUGACUCGGGCGCGGCUGCCGCCACCGGCGACGGCGACGUCAUCAUGCGCUUCUUGCCCAGCUUCCUCUCGGUGGAGCUGAUGAGGAUGGGCGCGUCGCCGAGGGCCGCGGCGGAAACGGCGGUGCGCCGGAUGGCCAGGUAUUACCCAAAGUUCCGCGGGGCCGUCAUUGCCUUGAACAAGGAGGGAGAGUAUGGAGCCGCGUGCCACGGCUACGACAAUUUUCCCCACUACGUGGCUGACGUCGGGACCCAGGGUGCCAAGGAGUUGAGCGUACCUUGUCUCGUUGUGCCAAAGAAUCUGUGACUUGCUCUCCGUUCUUUUUUCUUUUUAUCUUUUUUGAUGUAGAAAAGCUGCAAAAAUUAAUAAAUUUCAAUUGAAUGAUA